AUGGCUAGCGCCAAGUCCGGCACGGGCAAAGUGAGCGGGUCCGUGACGGUCUCGAGCGGCGAGUCGCUGGGCGGUAACUCCGGCAGCGUGUCGCUUUUGACGUCGAAGGCGAGUGGCGGCACGAACGGCGGUGCCAGCGGGUCGAUCAUCGUGCGUGUGGGCUCGGGAGACGCUGCCGUCGGAGGCGACGUGCAGAUCGGUGGCGGCACGAGCGUGAACCAGCAGGGCGUCGGCGGGCGAGUGUCGGUGCAGGGUGGCAACGGCACCGCUACGGGCGGCAACGUGCAGCUGUCCGCGGGAUCUGGUACGUCGGUCCUUGGCGGCAGCGUCCUGAUCUCUAGCGGCAGCGGGGGCAGUGCGACGAGCGGUGAUGUGGCCGUGUCGAGCGCGGCAUCGGGAACGGCGCUGACGAGCACGAGCGGGUCGGUGCGGCUGUCGUCGGGCGCGUCGAGCGGUGGUAGCUCCGGAUCGGUGUCGGUCUCGACGGGUGCUUCGACGGGCGGCGCAAGCGGGUCGAUCUCUCUGAGCGUGGGCUCGGGCGACGCGGCUACAGGAGGCUCCGUGAGCGUGGACGGCGGUCAAAGCAGGGCUGUGAGCGGCAAGGGAGGCGUGGUGGCAGUUCGCGGCGGAGCUGGUACCGCGACAGGUGGCGACUUGACGUUGACAGGCGGUGUGGGCGAUUCUGGAGACUCUGGCUCUGUGUUGGUGGCGACGUCGGAUGGCUCCGCGAGUGGCAAGGGCGGUGAUAUCACGAUGCGCGUGGGAGCCGGAGGCAAGGCAGCCAGCGGCGCGAUCACGCUGUCUGCUGGCACGUCGUCAAGCACCGGUGGUAGCUCCGGAUCGGUGUCGGUCUCGACGGGUGCUUCGACGGGCGGCGCAAGCGGGUCGAUCUCUCUGAGCGUGGGCUCGGGCGACGCGGCUACAGGAGGCUCCGUGAGCGUG